AACGCGUGAAGGAGAAUUACUCGCGGGUUUCACGACUUUAAUCGACUCUCAGCUAUAAACUAAGCUUCUGAACGUGAAGCGGCAUCCAUCGGUGCUGCGAAGAGGAGGUUUCGAGUCGUCUGCGGCUGUUUAACCGGUGUUUGUUCGAGCAGCCCCCACGCAGAUGCUCAACAUGUUGGAAUCGGCUGCGGAGCAAAUGGUGGUUCACAGAGAUUUCCAGGCAGCGUUUGACACAUGUGACAGAAGUCUGCAGAGUCUCUGCGUGGAGGCAGAGGACAGCCGGUCCGCGGAGUUCAAGGCUGGUCUCUGCAUUUUAGGGAUUCAAGCUCUGGCUGAGCUCAACCGGUGGCCCGGGGUCCUCCCCUGGGUCCUCCAGCAGUACGAGCAGCAGGAGGAUAUACCUGCAAAGAUCAUGCAGAUGUGCAUACUUCUUUACUCUAAGGUGGGUGAGCCGGCUGUGAUGCAGGAGGCAGCCCGAGUUUGGUUACACUGCCCGUCCAACAGCAAAGUGUCGGGGUUCGCGACAGUCGCAGAACUGUACUUGCUGCAUGUCCUCGUCCCUCUCGGACAAACGGAUGAGGCACGGGAGUUGGUCGUCGGCGAGGUUGGAGGGAGGACGUUCACGGAAGACCAGAGACAGACAGCGCUGGAUGUUGUAGAUGAAAGAGAGCGACAGAAUCUAGGGCCGCCUCUAAAUCCUGGUUGCAACCCAAACUCUCCACAUAGUGUCUCAAAUAAAGGUGCUGUCGUCCAUAAACUCAUAGCCAUGCUCCGUUUUUUACACAAAAAACUUUUUAUGACCGGCUCUGGAUCAUUCUCUCUGCGGAGAAUCUUUGUGGCAGCUGUCCUUCUCUACAUGCUCUUACUCCGAAUGGAUCCAGCUCUCCCGUCAUCAUUCCUGUGGAUUUCCAAACUUGUUGAGCUGCUCAAACAGAUGUGGAGCACCAUGUUUGCACCGUACUACCAUUCUCUCACUCAAAGCAAAGGACUGUAGUAGACUAAAAAACACUUUGUGUUUUGUCCAUAGUUGUGACACAUUUCUAUGUUUUAGUAAGAGCAGAUGUCUUAGUUAACUCCACUUAGGAUCUUAUGCUUUUGUCCCAAUCAGGUUGAUUGUUUGGUUUGUUUGUUUGCAGCAGGAUUUUGGAAAACUAUGCACAGAUUUACACAAAACUUGGUGGAAGGAUGAGACAAGGGCCAAGAAAGAACUAAUUAUAUUUUGGCCUGUAAGAGGCACUUUUCACUUUCUUUAACGUUGCGAGAUUGUUUUUGACAUUCUCACUAAUUUCCCAGGGAAUCAUUUAUGAAUCUGGAUGAAAAAAUUAGGCACAUUUGGGAGAUGUAUGAAUGUGUGCAGUUUGGUGCGACUUGAUUUAAUUUAACCGGGCUGUUGGGCAUUGGCGUCAUCAUACCUAUGAAAACAAAUAAUCAGUUGUAUCAACAAACAGAGAAAAACACAUGUUUUAUGCAUAUUUGUAAAUUUUUAGUUUGAAACCACAGUUUUUUUUGUUGCUGUCAAUAACAUAUUUUCUUAUGAAGACAACCCCCUCUUGAUCAUAACAAUAACUUUAUUUAACCAGAUUUUAAAGGAGCAGCAGUUCCUGCACCACUUAUAACUGAGAAUGAUGAAGAAAUAAUAAAGGAUCAACACAACACGUGUCAUCAAAAUGUCAAUGUAAGACAUACAAAUGAUUGGUGACAGAAUAUGACAAUGAAUAC